AAUUGUUUUCGCAACUCUCCCGGCCCGGUCGUCGCUCUCCAGCUCAGCUAAGGAAAAUGUCUAUGGCAAAGACUCUGGUGAAGCUGCAAGCGCUUGCCGGUGUGGCAAUCCUGGCCGCAUUCUCCCCGCUCCUGGUGGCAGCGGCGCUGCUUUGGAAGCUUUUCGGCAAACUGUUCUGCCUCAGCUCCUCUCCCAAGAGCAUCGUGGGCGAGGUGGCUGUGGUCACUGGUGCUGGCCAUGGCUUGGGACGCGCCAUAGCUCUGGAACUGGCGGACAAGGGCUGCCAUGUGGCCGUUGUGGACAUCAACAUGACAGGAGCCGAGAGCACUGUAAAGCAGAUCCAGGAAAAGGCAAAGGUUCGCGCCAAGGCCUACAAGGCCGAUGUAAGCAAUUACCUGGAACUUGUUCAGCUGAACAGAGAUGUUGUUACCGAUCUAGGCCCAGUAACGGUGCUUAUUAACAAUGCAGGAAUCCUGCUGCACCGCAACUCUGUGGACCCGGAACCGGCUGAAGUGCAGCAAAUGAUAAAUGUCAACCUAGCGGCGCACUUUUGGACCAGAAUGGUUUUUCUGCCCACCAUGAAAGCGAUGCGGAGAGGCUACCUGCUGACCAUCAGUUCCCUAGCAGGACUGUUUCCACUGCCCUACAACACCACCUAUACGGCCACCAAGGCCGGCACGACGGCUCACAUGCGGGCUCUGCGCAUGGAGCUGGCUCUAGAGCAGCUGAAGGACAUUCAUGUGUGCACGGCAAUGCCGACCUUCCUGGAGGCCAACGAGGAGGUGACGCACCUCUCCAACGAGAUCAAGAUCUCCAAUUUGUAUCCUCUGAUCAGCGCUAAGGAAGCUGCCCACCGUAUCGUGGAUGGAAUGCUCAGAGGGGAGCGGGAGAUAAUGCUUCCCGGACUGGCCGCUCUCUUGUACCGUCUAAUGAGCCUGCUGCCCGUCAGCUGGCAGGAUCGAGCGAUGGUCCUUGCUUCUGGCAGUAGGUUCAAGCAGUUCUGCGCGCUGCGAAACUGAGGAGAGUUCACGCUCAACUUGGAGCUGUAAAUAGGUGUAAAAAUGUACAGGUGGCAGUGGAUAGAUUUUGAUUUUAAACCGAUUAAA